UGUAAUUAAUUGCUUCAGUAACUGUUUGCGCUUGGCCUGCGUCCUGUAACCGUUUGAAAACAGUAUCUGCGUGCACGUUUGUUGGAAAAGACCAAAAGUUUCAUAAAAUGAAUAACUUAAAUGCAUUUUUUUGUUUUGGCUUUCUGAUUGUUUUUGUUUUGGUUUCAAGUGUAUCAGCCAUCAAAUGCUACUCUUGCAUAGGAUGCAACGACCCUUUUGAUGAGAGUAAUGCUGGAACAGAUACCUGCGCAGGAUCCUGUGUGAAAACAAAGACGGAUGGACAUGUGAUUAGAGCUUGCUCACCAAGUAGCCUUGGAGACGAAUGUGACAGCAAAGAUGGAAUCGAUGCGUGUUCGUGUACGGACGAUCUGUGUAACAGUGCGUCAGGAAUGAGCUUUCCCCUGGUCGUCCUCUGUCUUUCCCUUUUCACCAUGUUUCUGUGGAUGAAAUAAUGGAAACGAAAACGGACGUGUGCAUUAUUUUAGACAUUAUAGGUCAUUUCAAACUUUCUGUUAAAAGUAUUGUACAAAUGUUUAGGUCGUUUACUUCAUUUUCUUUGUGAGUAAUUCAGUCUAUAUUCAAUUUUUAGUAUGAUUUUACUGUUACUUGUAUAAAUAUAUAAUUAAUAUCCAUUCUUCUGUAUUAAAAAAUACCAAUGUAAUA